GUGCUUGUUAUCUACUUUCAUAUUACACUCAGGUCCCAUUAGCGUAGAAGAGAACUCAGCCUUAUGAAACGCGCCCGGAAAGUGGAUUCUCUUCAAGACGGGUGGACGGGUAAUGGGUGUUAGUGUAUACUGUUGCCCUGGGGCCCGCUUGGCGGGGCUGCCAGACGACUUUUUCCCAGAACAAAACAAACUAAUAACGACCACCAUCUAAUCAAUCCCACAUCUACGCCCACACGCCUAUCCACACCGCACGCGAACCUACGACAUCCCACGCCUGUCGUCCCGUCCCAUUCUGCCCCCGCAGAUACUAACAUCACUCUCGUCUUCCUCUGGUGCCAGAAAGCGCGUGGGUAACAACAUGAAAGUCACGAUAAAGGAGUGGAACGCCGUCGCGGCGUGGCGCUGGGACAUGCCCGAUGACGACGUCUGCGGCAUCUGUCGAAACCCCUACGACAGCACAUGCUCCAAGUGCAAAUACCCGGGUGACGAGUGUCCGCUGUUGCUGGGAGAAUGCAACCAUUCGUUCCACAUGCAUUGUAUAUUCUCCUGGCUGAAGCAGGAGAGUGCGCAGGAGAAGUGUCCUAUGUGCAGACAGCCGUUCAAGAGCAAAGAUGCUGUCGCCGACGAUACGGAAGUCCAGGGCGAUGAAUCUGGCACUGCGCUGGAUACCCCCGCUUGACGCGAACGAUGUCGGAACUCACUCGGAGGUUCGAUAUGGGCUGAGAGGUGGAGGUCGUCGCGGAUUGUUGUGCUGGAAGAUGAUAGAGCGACAUUUUUGGCGUUUUGGAAGAUACCCAUACCACUGCGAAUACAUAGAAUUCGUAUGUCUGUUUGAAUGAAAUCAUUCCCAUUAAAGA